UUUUUUGCAAUUUUUUUUACAACAAAAAGUUUUUUUUUUUUAAAUGGGGUGCCGUCGACGUCACUGUGAAUGACGCGCGUGCACGUGAGGAGCCGUGCGCGACCCCGCGAGCAGCUGGAAGAGGCUGCCACGUAGCUGCAUGGCGGCUCUGUGGCUCUGCAUGCGCACCUUCUGAGCCCUGAGCGCGUGACUAUGAAACCUGCAACCGCAAUCAAAGUGCAUUUAACUCUCCAUCACAGUCUAACUUGCAGCUCUGUGCAUUUUUAUAAACUUUUAGAGCAGUGAGCGUCAAGUGUUUUUGUAAAGCCUGUUAAGGAAAAGAGUUCAGCAAGAUGCCGAGCGACGCAGGGAAGCAGAGGAGAGGGAAAGCAGCUGCUGCUCAGGACGGAGAAACUCCUGACACAUCGAAAGCGUGUGCACGAGACGAAGUUAAGAAAGGUCGAGAUGCAUCUGGAAAAUCUAAUCAGUGCUCUUCACUAGAUGUCAGGACUGUAGUGAGUUUGCUGUCUCUGAGUGCCUGCUUUCUGCUCGCCUGGGCUGUUCUUCAACAGAAUGCAAGGUUUAAUGAAGUUGAAGAAAAAUACAAGCAUUUGUAUGAAAAGGCAGCUGAUCUGCUAGCGCUGGAGAACAAAUUCAGUGCAGCUUCCAGAAAGCUGGAGGCCUCCGAAGACCAUCUGAAGGGGGCGCUCUCCUUUCUCAGCACGCUAACUGAGCUGCAACAGGAAGUCAGCUCCCUCAGUGGCAUUGUUACAGCUAUGCAAGAGGACCAACAUGCAUCAUCGCAUCGCCUUCGAAGUGUGAAUGAGCAGUUCUUGAACGUGACUGAGAUGUGGCAGGGCGGACUGGCCACCGUGUCUGAGGACCUGACAACGCUGAGGUCCGAGUCCCGCUCAGUUCACGGUCGUGUAACGGAGAGUGUUAACGAAGCCGAGGGGCGCCUGCGUGCUCUGGCCAAACGUCUGGAGGAGCUAGAAGACAGCACAAGGAGAAACGGGCGUGUGCUGGAGCGCACAGAGGAGGAAGAUGCUAAGAGUGUCCAAAAUCAGCUGGACUGGAACACCAAGCAGGUGACCAGGCUUCAGGAGCAGCUUGUGUUGCUCUCCAAAAGAGAUGCGGCGCUUGAGGAGAAGCUGGUGGAGGUGGAGCCACAGGCCAAAGAAUGUGAAAAACAGCUUCCUGCCGUAGAAGAUGCGGUCAGGUCCAUCCUGAGGUUAGGAGCUGACCUAAGUGGGGCCGAGAAGAGGCUUGAGGAACUCUCACUGCAAGUGGUGGGCACCGAGGACAGCAUGCUCAAGGCACUGACUGAGAUUCUGCAGCUCCGGCAGACCCUUGAUGAACUGCAGGUGGACAACAGCGUGAUCAAAGUGAGGAAUGAGCUUGGAGUUGUCCUGGAUGCCAUGAAGGAGCUUAAGCAUGUGCGUAGAGAGGAGCUGGAUUCUGGAAGAGAGGAGCCUGAAGACAAUGAGGGGAAGGACGAUGAGGCAUUGAAUAUCAAGCAAUUAAAUGAUGAUCUGAAAGGUUUGGAGGCGAAAGGUUUUCCAGAAUCAACAGAAAGUCACAGUAAGAGUGCAGGAACUGAGGAGAUCCCAUUGACUGAACUAAAUGAACUGCACUGAUUUUGUUUAAAGACAACCUGAAAUCAAAACUGACAUUUUUUUUACUGUGUUUGUUCAUGUACCUGCCCAUGGUAUCAAUCACUUCAAAAACAAAAUCUUGUUUUUUUAUGGAAAUAAAGACAAAAUCCUUGUUUUUUAAAUGGAAUUUUCCAUCAAAAUGCCCACCUCUAAAUAUAAUACUGGGUAAGGUAUAUGGAUAAUAAUAUUAUGUCAUGUUCCACCUCUCCUUUCCCCACCCUCAGCCAUUGUCAAGUGAAAACACUGACCAGUUUCACUUGAAGAUAAGUCACAUCAAACCGUAUAGCAAAGAAUGCCUCCAUUGAAAAAGCUUUCACACCUUGGUCACUUAAAUAUUGUUUAGGUACUUGAUGGAAAAUAACUUUAACAAUCAGCUUCACGCCUUUUGGUAAAGCACUGAGCAGCAGUUACACUACAGGAAUAGAUUUCACGUAUGUAUGUCACACCAAAACCUCGCUACGUUGAUUGUAAGUCACUGCUAUAAUACUCUUUGAACAUAACUGCAGCAUUCGCUUUACACAUGGUUUUUAAUGGGUCAUUUUCUUUAUAACGCUAUUUCAUUACAUUCUUCUCACGUAACUAUGGGCUCCACUCUGUAAACCCUGGUGCAGACUUGACUCAAUGUUUUAAUCUAUAGUGUUCAUUCUAGAUGGACUACAGAUUCUAACAACUAAUACUCCAUAUUCGAAGUUCUCCUAAUGGCUCAUAGAGGAUAGACAUACAGAAAUGCAUUUAAGGGGUCUAACAAAUACCCAAGAAAGCAUUUAAAACUUAUCAAAUGUGUCUGAGUUUCAAAAUAUUUAUAAAACUUCAAAGCGAUUUUACGGUGAGGACAUACCCUGAGUUGCCAGUUUAUUAGGUACACCUGCAUUAUAGGUGCACUUUGUAGGUCUACAAUCACUGACUGUAGUCCAUAUUUUGAUAUUCACAAUUUGUUAGACCCCUUCUACCCCAUUCAUCAGUGGAAAGGGACCACCAGAGAUAAGAUUUUACUUGGGUGGUGGAUUAUUCUCUGUGGUGGUCAAAUGGUUUGACACUGACACUGAUGAAGAACAGGGAAAUAAAAUAAUUAGAAUCUCAAACUGCAAACCUACGUGAUGGACCAGUAAGAUAAGUGUGUCUAAGAAAGUGGUAUAAGUGUGUGUAUACAGUGUGUGUAUACAGUGUGUGUAUACAGUGUGUGUAUACAGUGUGUGUAUACAGUGUUCACCAUAUCUCUACCAUGUGUACAUAAUAAAAUGUCACCUGAGUGUAGUGAUUAGACAUGACAGAGAAUUAACACGACAUCAGACACUUGUAUUAGCAUUGAUCAGAUACAUAUUUCUGCAAACUAUCCACUGUAAUACAUUUCCUGUUUCAAGGAUUCAUGUUGAUAUGUUGUAAUGUGAAAUGCGUAUAAAUGAUGUACAAAAGAUUUCCCAUUUCAAUAAAAAAAGAACAGGAAAAAAGAAGUUUACUGAAUUGUCAUUACUGUAGCUGUUAUACAAGUAAGUAAAGUGACUACUGUGUGUAUGUUACGAACAAUGCACAUAUUGUUUUUUUAGUGCAGCAUUCCUUCAUUUUUUAAUCAUAGCAUUAAUUUGACUCAUAUCUCAGAAGGAAAACACAAAUGCACUAUACAUGUUGUGCCCUGGCCUGUUUUAUUGUCUGUGAAUAUUAAAAUGACUGCUAGAUCUGACAGAAGUGACAGUGUCUCUGAUAG